CUGGGCUUAUCACUGUACAUGGCGCUGUUGACCAUGAAGAUGUCAAGGUCCUCAAGUUUUCGGUGCAGGCCAAGGAUAGGGGGGUCAACCCCCAAAUUGCCCAUGCCCAAGUUAUCAUCAGCAUCAGGGACAUGGUGUACGAUGCUUCAGCCACUGACAUCCACAAUAAAGUAUUUCACUACAUUGAUGAACAUCAGAAUGAAUAUGUGCAGAGACUUAAAGACUGGGUGGCCAUUGAAAGUGAUUCCAGUGACCCUCUGAAGAGGCACCUGUUAACAAACAUGAUGCAUGUAGCAGGUGAACGGAUUAAACAGUUAGGAGGAAUUGUUGAGUUGGUGGAACUGGGGCAGCAAGAAUUACCCAAUGGAAAUACAACUGACUUACCCCCUGUUAUUCUGGCCAGUAUUGGAAAUGACCCCCAAAAGCCUACAGUUUGCUUUUAUGGUCAUCUGGAUGUACAGCCAGCCAGAUUAGAGGAUGGAUGGUCCACAGAGCCAUAUGUUUUGACAGAAAGAAAUGGUGGUCUGUAUGGACGCGGCACCUCUGAUGACAAAGGGCAAAUUCUGGCUGUACUGAAUGCGGUGGAAGCACUUCAAAGACAUCAAGAACUCCCUGUGAAUGUAAAGUUUCUGCUGGAAGGCAUGGAGGAAGUGGGAUCCACUGGGCUAUUCGAUCUGGUGGAGCAGAGAAACAGUACCUUUUUUUCAGAUGUCAACUACAUUAUAGUCACGGAUACCUCAUGGCUCAGCAACAAACCUGGUAUUACAUAUGGAACAAGGGGGAACUGCUACUUCUUCAUUGAGGUAGAAUGCGCAAAACAAGACCUGCAUUCAGGGACCUUUGGGGGUGUAAUUCAUGAAGCAACAAAUGACUUGGUAUUUCUGUUGAGUACGCUUGUUAAUUCCUCUGGGCAUAUUCGGAUCCCUGGAAUCUAUGAAGCUGUUGCUCCUCUUACAGAAAAAGAAAAGGGAAUUUAUGAAAAAACUGAAUUUGAUGCUGAGAAGAUAAAGGCCAAAUUUGGAAUAAAGAACUUUACAUAUAAUACUAAAGAAGAAAUAUUAAUGCAUCGCUCACGUUACCCAUCUUUGUCCAUUCAUGGAAUUGAAGGAGCUUUCUCUGCAUCUGGAACAAAGACUGUAAUCCCUGCAAAAGUAACUGGAAAAUUUUCAAUACGUCUGGUUCCCAAUAUGGAACCCACAAUAGUUAUAAAACAGGUGACUGAUUAUUUGAAGAAAAAAAUUGCUGAGUGGAAUAGUCCCAACCAUAUUGAAAUAACUGCUGUAAUGGCAGCUAAGCCAUGGAUUUCAGACCCUGAUGAACCACUGUAUUUGGCUGGAAGAAAGGCAAUUAAAAAAGUAUUUCAGGUUGAUGCUGACUUGAUCCGUACAGGUGGAACAAUUCCAAUUGGUUCCCAGUUCCAGGAGGUAACUGGAAAGAGAAUAAUGUUUUUAGGAAUAGGAGGGCCAGAUGACGCUCCCCAUGGUCAGAAUGAAAAGAUCAACAGGUUCAAUUUCAUUGAGGGAACCAAACUCUAUGCUACCUUACUUCAAGAACUUAAUUAUUUCUAGAGAAAAAUGACACAGCUAUCAAACAGUCCAGAGCUAUAGCUGCUUGUGUCCUAUUCUGAAGAGUUCUUAGAAGCCCACACAAACACAUUUCAUUAAACUGACAUGUUGUUAAAUAAAAGAGCAAUUUUAGCAUGAAGUCACAAUUCUACAGCUAUAUACAAAAUGUGCGUAGAUAUGCAAGCCCUAGGAAAGGCCAAUGGAACCACAUACUAAAACAAUGAACAAAAGCGAUAUUUCUUAUAUAUUUCUUAAAACAACUUCAGCAUGAAAGCCAAUAUCAGCUGUAUUUUAUAAAUUUGACAAGCUUCUGUUCAUCUACUUUGUUUGAUAUUAGUCGCUACUAAAUGAUCUAUUCCAUUCUUAAACACAUUUAAAAGAAAAUAAAAGCCCUAUUCAAGGAAUUCUGAAUGGGAUUGAAAACUAACAAGAAACGGAAUACUACAACUAUUUCUGUGUUAUAUGCACCCUCUGCUGGCUAAAUUGCUCAUAUCUUUAAAGUGUCUUCUUAAAACUUCAACAGUAAACUUAACUGGUGUU